UGAAGGCUCCUCCAUUUUGUCCCUCCCAACGUACAAGUAGCAGCAGUAGCAGCACUGCCACGGUGGUAAGGAAUCCUGCAUCUUUCUCAACUACAACUUCUUCUGUUGGCCGACAGAGGAAACGACAAUCACAUGCAAUGGUGGCAAUUUACCUGUUGGCAUGCUUCCUGUUCUCGUGGUUCUGGAUUUUACUCUGGCUUUGGACGCGCACGCGCAUGACGUUCGUCGGGACAUCGGGGUUAUUAUUAUGGAUUAUGCCUUGGCCGGCUUUGAGCGAAUGCUUUUGGCCGUGGUUUUGACAAUGGAUGGAUGGAUGGAUGGAUGGGGAGUUGGGGAAAUUGCCUCUCGUCUUCUUUUUGAUCUCCACCCAACCUUCUGUCCCUCGUUCGAUUUCUUUCAUUUGUCACUCUGUCGUGCUUCAAACCGUUUGGGGAAGUCUGGUUUCAAGUCUACUACUAUUGUACUUGCUGGCUUUUCUGGGGUUGCGCUGAGUGGCUGUUCUAAUGCUUUCUUCAUGACCUGGGUUGAGAUGAUUUUGGAACCCAGGUGUCUUUUUUUACCUCUUGGGACUUGCUAUGGGGUUUACAGGAUCAUGGGUUUUGCUGUUUCUCUGCUCUUCUUGUGCGGCUUAUAAUGAUAGUGAUUUGGUCGUUUUCAGCAUGCGUGUUUUGGGUCUCGGUUCUCAGUUUGGAAUGAAGAUAGACUGCUUGCUUUUAGUUUUGAACUUUGUCUGCUUAUUGUUGCUUGACUGCCCUUGCGUUGAUUAUGUUGUUGCUGCUGCUAUGAGUUAUCAUUGUCACUGUCAUU